AUGGAUGACAAACUCCCACCGAUUGCCAUUGUCGGCAUGAGUUGGCGCUUCCCAGGGGAAGCCCGGUCUGCCAGCGGAUUCUGGGAUAUCUUGCGAAAAGGCGAAUCGGCCAAGACUCGCAUUCCGGCAGAACGCUUUGACCCAGAUGCGUACUAUCACCCUUCCGCUGAUCGACAGGGUGCUAUCACAACGAAGGAGGGUCACUUUUUGAAGGAGGAUAUUGGGCUCUUCGACGCCCCAUUCUUCUCGAUGACCGCGGCUGAGGCCGAAGGAAUGGAUCCCCAACAUCGGAUUUUGUUGGAGGUGACGUAUGAAGCUUUUGAGAAUGGUUGUGGCGGGGCAAUGACUGCCAAUCGCUUGUCGUGGUUCUAUGAUCUACGAGGACCUUCUCUCAUGAUCGAUACGGCUUGUUCCUCGAGUCUGGUGGGGCUUCAUCUGGCGUGCCGGGAAAUUCAGAGCGGUGGAAGCAAGAUGGCCGUCGUUGCAGGCACAAAUCUUAUGAUCCAGCCGGAGGUGUGGCGGGGUCUGUCGGCCUUGGGGUUCCUGAGCCCCGACGGGCAAUGCCACAGCUUUGAUAGUAGGGCGAACGGCUACGGACGCGGAGAAGGGGUUGGUGUCAUAGUUCUGAAGCCCUUGAUGGAUGCUGUUAGGGACCAUGAUGUUAUCAGGGCGGUCAUUCGGGGCACGGGCAUCAACCAAGAUGGGAAGACCUCCGGGAUCACUGUCCCAAGCUCAGAGGCUCAGGUUAAUCUCAUUCGAUCCACCUACGCAGCAGCCGGGCUCGACUUCUCGGAAACGGCGUAUUUCGAGGCCCACGGCACCGGGACACCAGUCGGUGAUCCUCUAGAGCUCUCGGCCAUAGGAGAGACGAUCGGUAUCUCCAAGGCAGUGGCCGGGUGUCCUCCGCUUCUGGUGGGUUCUGUCAAGAGCAACAUCGGACAUCUAGAGGGAGCUUCCGGAAUUGCUGGCCUGAUCAAAACUGUUCUUAUUCUCGAGAAGGGUCAGGUUCCCGCUGUGCAUGGCUUUGAGGAUCCUAAUCCGCGCUUUCAGUUGGACAAAUGGAAUAUUCACAUUCCUACGGAGCUUACGCCAUGGCCAACGACUGGGCUACGUCGGGCUAGUGUCAACUCGUUUGGGUACGGAGGGACGAAUUCGCACGUUAUUCUCGACGAUGCGUUCCAUUAUCUUGCUGGUAAUCGGCGAGCAGACCGAAACCUAACCGCAACUCACAACACACGCCUUCAUGAGAGCUUGCUGCCUCCGACUCCAGACUCAGGCGUUUCAGUUGCCUCUCUGUGCGACUUUCCAGCCGCUGCGCCGCGGCUGUAUGUCUUUUCUGCGCCAGAGCAAGAUGGCGUGACUCGCAUCUCUCAAACAUACGCGGAUCAUAUCAAGCAUAGCUUUGACUUAGCGCACAAGGAGUCGGAGAAUAGUCUAGCUACUCUGGACAGUGAGCUCGCCCUCGUCCACACUCUGGCCGAGCGGCGGACUACUUUCGACUACCGCGGGUUCGCUGUUGCCACAUCGCUCAUGGAUCUGCAACAAGUCCUGGAAAGUACACCACCCAAGGCGACACGCUCGUUGAAGACUACUUCUUGUGCCUGGGUGUUCACCGGGCAAGGAGCGCAGUGGCCUGCAAUGGGACGAGAGCUCCAGGAGAUUGGGGUCUUCCAAAAUAGCCUCCUGCAGGCGGACAAUUACAUUGCCUCGCUUGGAAGCGACUUUUCUCUCGUAUUGUGUACCGUUGUGCAGGUCGCGCUGGUAGAGCUUCUGCGGUAUUGGCAACUACGCCCCAAGGCCGUCGUGGGUCACUCGAGUGGAGAGAUAGCCGCAGCCUAUGCCUCCGGAGCACUCAGCAGAGAGGCCGCAUGGAGGAUCGCGUACUUCAGAGGCGUGCACUCGGAACAAAUCGCUACUCUUCUUCCCAACACGCGAGGGUCCAUGUUGGCCGUCAACAUCUCCGAAGCGGGGAUCCGGAGCUAUCUGGACCGAGUCACACAAGGCGAGGCUGUGGUAGCCUGCAUCAACAGUCCGACGAGCGUGACCGUCUCCGGAGAUACGUCUGCGGUGGCCCAGGUUGAGAAUCUGCUCCAGAGCGACGAUGUAUGGUGCAGAAAGCUCAAAGUCCAGACGGCAUAUCAUUCUCCACACAUGAAAGUGAUCGCCGAGCAGUAUCUGGCCUCAAUUCAAGACAUUCAGCCGAGUGAAUUGUCCGAUGCCUCAUUCUUCUCGUCCGUUCUCGGCUCCGAAUUGCCUCCUUCUGGCCUGGGAGCGGACUACUGGGUGCAGAACCUUCUCAGUCCCGUAAGAUUCUCGGAGGCGGUUACCGCGUUGCUGAGUCAAAGUCCUACCAAGUUCCGACGGAAGGGAAUGGCUGGGGUGAACGCGCUCGUAGAAAUCGGGCCUCAUUCCGCACUGCAGGGACCUUUGCGCGACAUUGUCUCUCAUAUCUCUAACCUGAACGCGAAUGCCAUCACGUAUACCUCUUUGCUACAGAGGGAGAAAAAUGCGAGAGUAACCGCUCUGGAUGCUGCUGGCAAGCUUUGGAGCCUAGGCUUCAACCUGGAUCUGGCCCGAGUGAACUCUAGCACCAGAUCGCCCUCGUUGCACUGGAAACCACUCGUCAACCUCCCCAGGUACCCAUUCAACCAUAAGAGAAGAUACUGGCAUGAGGCACGAAGCACUCGGGUGAGGCGGACGCGAAACUGUCCUCGGACCGACUUGCUCGGGCUUCCCACAGAUGACCACAAUAGCGUCACGCCUCGCUGGACCAAUUUCAUCAGCCCUGUCGAGGUACCGUGGCUGAUGGAUCAUCAGAUCCAAGGACUCGUCGUCUUUCCAGGUGCUGCCAUGCUGGCCAUGGUGCUCGAAGCAUGCAAACAAACAGCUGGCCCACGGGCAGGCUCGAUCCAGGGCUACGAGUUCCACGACGUCACCUUCUCCAGGGCAAUGGUAUUUUCAUCGUCUGUUGCCGUCGUCGAGACAGUGUUACAGCUACGACCUCAUAACUCCGGAACGAGGAGCACCGGCACUACAGCUACACAUUGGAUGCACUUCAGUAUCAUGUCGAUUGCACCGGACGGCACUGCUGCGGAGCACUGCUCGGGACUUGUCCGAGCCCUCUACGCCGACGUCCCCAACGCCGUAGACAGCACCUUAGAAGCCCUCCAGGGUUGGGACAGCUACAAACACGAGUACGCGCUCAUCCGCCAGAAGGCCACAAAGAUACAAGCGGCCAGCCGGCUCUACGAUCGCUUGGCCACACUGGGCCUUCGCUUCGGGCCUGCAUUCCGCAACAUCACGGAAAUCCACACGGGUGACGGCUUUGGGCACGGCGAGCUGCAAGUUCAUGACACGGCGGCACGAAUGCCGGAGGGCGUCGAGUCUCCGAUUCCGAUACAUCCCACGCUCCUGGACGCAGCCUUCCAGAUGAUGAUUUGUAGUGGAACAGUGAGAGACGAUUCGCCGGCUAUGGCGCCCAGCCUAAUUGAGUCGCUGUAUAUCUCCGCCUCGAUUCCGCCGGUUGGCUCGCGCAUGAGCGGGUACAGCACCCUCAGUCCGAAGAUCCGGCUCAAGCAGAGUGGGAACGUCAUCCUCUCGGAUGAUUCGUGGACUCAGCCCAAGGUGAUACUGAAGGGGUUUGUAUGCAGGGAGCUCAACUCGGCUCAACUGCGGCAUGCUCCCCGCAAGAUCUGCACGCGUCUGGACUGGAGGAUGGAUGUUUUGUCUUCCGCGAUCACGGCCCGUAGGUUCUGGGACUCCCUGCCUGUACAUCUCUCACCCCUCUCAAAGCAAGCGAGUGAUUGGAACCAAGCAGCGGCAAUAUUCGCUCAGAGGGCAAUGUCUUCUCUUCCAGCCGAGGUGACGAGUCCAACCCUCAAACGAUAUCUUGACUGCAUACAUACCCUCGCAAGGACAACGUUAGACAAGUCAUUAAGCGAGCUGGGCAACCUCGAGAACUGUCCGGUGACAGAAGUGAUACGAACGGUGGGAAACGGGCUAGAUCAGAUCCUCCAGCCCGGCCCCAACGCUCAGCCUGUCUUAACCUCCGAGCAUAUUUCGCCGUAUUUGAGCAAUGCGAUACACCAUACAUUCGUCGAUUGUGUUGCUACGGAGUACUUGGACCGUCUUGGGGACGUGAAUCCCGACGGCCGUAUCCUGGAGAUUGGAGACGGAUCCACUUCCUGUGCAACAUCGGUCUUACGGCGGUUGGCAGAUAAGACGUCUGACUGUGCGCGUAUCAGCAAAUAUACCCUCGCGGCACCUGAGUCCGAUGCGCUUUCCCAGGCCCGAACACUCUGCAAGGAGUGGCCGUCGCUCGAUCCAAAGAUUUUCCACCUCGACAAGAACGCCGAAAGGCAGGGGUUUCAGCCCAAAACAUAUGACUGCAUUCUCUUCACGGACCUUCUGCCUACGGCAGACAUGGUGCUGCAGCUUGCGACCGCAAAGGUUCUGCUCAAGCCCGGUGGCAAGCUCCUGUUGGCCGGUAUAAUGGUACCUCAGCCGCGGACAACGUUCGUUCUGGGCUCUGAUCCGAGGUGGUGGCGCACGCCUCAGGAUGAGAGUCAGUGGAAUAUCUUGCUCGAGGAAGCUGGUUUCAGGGGCAUUGAACAAAUUAUACACGAGUCUCUGGACCCAGGUCUACAAGAGCUGUCGGUAAUGGUGACUUCUGUGCAAUCCAACAGUAAAUAUGGCUUCUCAGAGGUGGUCAUUGUGAAUAGAAACGACUCUGCUGAUGCAAUCGACUCAACCAGCCAAAAGCUUGGGGAUCGACUGGUCGAGCGUGGCCUUCCCGUCAGCCAUGUAACCCUGGACACAAUUCCAGCUGAUAUCCAUGGCAAGGGUGUCGUGUCUUUCGUGGAGAUCGACACCCCACUUCUCGAAGACAUAUCCGAAGACGCCUUUGUCGCUGUCAAGAAUAUGAUUCUAGACAGCGCGGGAGUUCUUUGGAUAACCCGCCAGGGCCAGGUCACCGACGCUGUAGCACACCCCUUCGCUGGAGUUGCGACUGGACUCAUGCGGACGAUACGUUCGGAAGAUUCGACUAAGCGCCUCAGCAAUCUUGAUCUCUCGCGUCAGUCAGCCCUGCAGCCCGAAUUCGCAGCCGAGAUGGUAUAUGAAGUUUUCCGGGCCGUAUUCAAUACCACAUCAUCCGACCGCGAAACUCGAGACUGGGAAUAUGCCGAGAACAAUGGCUUGCUCCAUAUCCCUCGUCUCUUCGAGGAUCCGCAUCUGAUUUCAGAGAUCUCCAGGGCGGAUCAAGUGCUUCAGGCGGUAGAAGGGCCACUCUUUCAAGACAACCGGCCCUUGAAGAUGGUCCUACGCGAGCCAGGCUUGCUAAACACGCUCCAGUUUGUGGACGACGAGGGGUUCCGGAAGCCACUGAAGCCGGACUAUGUUGAGAUACAGGUUUCAUGCACAGGUCUGAAUUUCGUGGACGUCAUGGCAGCCCUAGGUCAAGUGCCUACUCCGACUCUCGGCUGCGAGGUUGGUGGGAUCAUUACACAUGUCGGGCCGGAUGUGAAGCAGUUCAAGCCCGGUGACAAAGUGGUGGGCAUGCUACAGGGUAGUUUCAACAGCCAUGUCCGCAUCAGAUCAACAAUCAUCCAGCACGUUCCAGACCGCAUGACCCUCGAAGACGCGACCACCGCCAUCGUUUCCUUCCUAACUGCCUGGAUUGCACUGGUCAACAAAGCACAUAUCACCCGGAAUGAAACAGUCCUAAUCCAUUACGGUGCCGGUGGCGUCGGCCAAGCCGCGAUCCAGAUCUGCCAGCACCUGGGCGUCGAUAUCUACACGACGGUCGGGUCUCCAAGCAAGAAGAAGCUUUUGGUUCAGCAAUAUGGCCUGGCUGAGGAUCACAUUUUCUACUCGCGAGACUCGACGUUUGCCGGGAACCUGAUGAAAAUGACCGCUGGCCGCGGCGUGGAUGUCGUUCUCAACUCGACCUCGGGCGAACUUCUCCGCCAGUCAUGGCUGUGUGUCGCGGACCACGGGCGCUUCGUGGAGAUCGGGAAACGGGAUAUCUUGACUAACGUGGGCCUCGACAUGCACCCAUUUAUCCGCCGGGUGAGCUAUAUCGGGUUCAAUCUGGAGAUGUAUCACCAGUGUAGUCCCGUUCACAUGGAAUGUUCCGAGGCAAUGGAUGAGAUCUUUCAUCUCUUCCGGACGCAGCGCUUCAGGGCGCUGAACCCACUGACGGUCUACAGCUACUCCCAGGUAGAGCAGGCGUUCCGUGCCCUGCAAACCGGGGAAGUCUCGGGCAAGGUCGUAGUCCAGGCUCGACAAGAUGAUCUCGUCCCGGUCGUGCCGCCGGUCGAAGGCCCGUUGGCAAUGGAUCCAAACUCGACAUAUCUUCUGGCUGGCGGGCUGGGUGGCAUCGGUCGCAGUAUUGCAGACAUGCUGCUGUCCCAUGGUGCAAGACAUCUUGCGUUUAUAUCUCGAUCGGGCGACGCCAAGGGCGAGGCGAGGCGUUUCAUGGAUCAACUUCAGCGACAUGGUUGCGAUGCACGGGCUUAUGCCUGUGACAUCUCCGACCGCGAGAGUCUUCGAAGUACACUGGCAAGGUGUUCAUCGGAGAUGCCCCCGAUUAAGGGCCUUAUCCAGUGCUCGAUGAUACUGAAGGACGGAAUCUUCGAACAAAUGCCCUACGAAGACUGGAUCAUCAGUACUCGUCCCAAGAUUCAAGGCUCAUGGAAUCUGCAUGAGCUCCUUCCGCCAGACCUUCAUUUCUUCAUCAUGCUGUCGUCCGUGUCUGGCAUCAUCGGUAAUGCGGGGCAAGCCAACUACGCCGCCGGCAACGCGUUCGUUGACGCCUUGGCUCAUUUCCGGCGCCGCCAGGGCCUUACUGCCACGGCGCUGGAUCUCGGUGCCGUUCGCGAUGUUGGAUAUAUUGCUGAGUCGUCCGGUGACCGUGCGGCGGACCUAGCUCAUACCAAGGCGUUUCAGGUGGCCGAGAAUGAGGUUCUUCGUCUGGUGAAGCUUGCAAUUGCGGCAGAUCACACUGUCGGGCAGCAGCAGCGUGGGAGAGACCCAGGCCCAGGCCGAAACGGCCACCACGACCGCCAUCAUGAAAUCCCGGCGCAAAUCAUAAUGGGCUUGGGCAGCACGAGGCUGGAGAUGGAAGAGUUCCUCCGACGGGCGCACUGGGCGCGCGACGCCAAGUUCUCGACGCUGUGGAAGCCGGACGGUGCGACGAACGGUAGUAAUGACGCGGCGUUGCAUUCGGGGUUGGAGGCCUUCAGCAAUGCUGACUCCCUUGAGGCUGCCGCUGGGAUUGCAGAGGAUAUGAUUGUCUCGCGUAUGGCCAGGAUGCUGAUGAUCCCUAUGGAAGAUAUCAACGGUGCCCAGCCUUUGCAUACUUAUGGAGUCAACUCGCUGGUCGCUGUUGAGAUUAGGGCGUGGAUAGCGAAGGAAUUUCAGACCGAAAUCGCCGUCUUCGACAUCCUCAGCUCCAUUCCCUUAUCUGGUCUUGCGACCAAGAUCGUCCCUGAGAGCAAACUGCUUCCCGCACGACUGAUGAAAGAGACUAGUGGAUCUGACGAGAAGGGCGAGAGGGCCGAGGAGUCACACUUGUGAUUAUAGUUCAUCAUUGUUCUUGUCAAUCGUCCUAUUCAUAGAGUAUGCUCUGGGGUUGCGGACCGGAGUGUAAAGCGGGCAAACAGAUACAUAUCAGUGUGACAGUACGCGAGACAACUGCGGCGACUCGCCAAAUGGGAAAUAUCCC